AAUUCAAUUGACGUCACUGGGAGUAGUGCCAGUCUAUAUAACGGCAGGACGCAGUGACUGCAUGCUGGGUUCACUUGCAACAUGGCAUUCACAGCUUCCGAUAUUUGCAAGGUACUUUACUUUCCUUAUUCUAGCAAUUGUGCUAUCGUUUUUCCUCCUUUAGGUGUAUUCUUGGAACGGGGGUGUACAGCCGACCUGCUCAUUAAUUGCCUGCUAACUCUUCUUGGAAUCAUUCACGCACUCUACAUUAUUCUGAAGUAUUGAGGGCGUUU